CCCGGAUGUGGACGGUGGAGGAUGGCGGCGCCCAGGGCAGCGGACUCCCCGAGUCGGGGCUGGCCGAGCGCGGCGGCCGAUGCCCCGCUGGAAAUCGUGGCCCCCACCUGGACCGAAGUGGCGGGAGACCCCUCCAGCGAACCGCCGACCCCCAGCUGGACCAGCGUGGUGGUGGAGAACCCGGCGCCCAGCCCGAGCCGGCCGCCCGCCUGCCGCGGCAUCUCCUGGACCCCGGCCGAGACCAACGCGCUGAUCGCCGUGUGGGGCGACGAGCGGCUGCAGGACGUGCUGGAGGGCAACCUGCGCAACUCGCACAUCUUCGACAGGAUCUCGCAGGCCCUGCGCGAAAUGGGCUACGAGAGAAGCGCCAACCAGUGCAAGGAGAGGAUCAAGACUCUAAAGAGGUGCUAUAGUCGAGUGAAGGAACGAGGUCGUGGUAAGAGAACCUGUAACUAUACAUUUCAGCAGCUGGAGCAGGUCUUUGGACGCGUGCCUGUUGUGUGGGAACCACACGCCUAUCAGCCUGUUCUUAUUGACAGCAGUGGACUCUACCAGGACACAAAACCGGUCACUAUUAAUCUGGAAGAGAGCCGGGAGGUGCAGCCAACCGAGUUGGAAGAUUGGGGAAACCAAAAACCAGAUUUGCUCAUCAAGCAGGAGCUGCUUAUGAAUCAGAAGCAGGAACUGCAGGCCUACCAGAGGCAGGAUCUUUCUGUAUACCAGGACGCAGAUGAGGAUGUGGAAGAAAUGAAUCUUGUAAAGAAGAAACCACCAGCACGGCGUGAUUCCACAGAAAACAUGCAGAAACCAGAGAUUCUGCAGGCCCUCACGGCACUAUUGGAUUCAGUCCAGCCAAGGUGGCAGGAUUUCCAAAGUUACGAUGACCUCGGCAGUACAUACUUUGCAAAUAAACUUGGUAUCUUUGCCAUUGGUUAUAAUACGAGAUGGGUAGAGGACAUACGAUACCAUUAUGCAGAAAUCAGUUCCCAGGUGCCGGUUGGAAAGAGACUGAAGGAAUAUUUAAAUCCCGAUAAACCAGAAGGCAAAGUGAUAGCUGUUAAGCGUCAAAAAAUGAACUGGAAGAAAGUCUACUACAAGCUUUUUGAGAUCACGAAAAGUGAGGCACGUUGUCUUGAGCUGCACUUUGGUUUUGAAUGGAUACCCAUCGCACUUUCCCGAGCAGCCAGUGACAACACUGUACAAUAUUUGCUUCCGGGCGGGAUCCCGGAUACCAACGGCCUGUAUGUCAUUGGCUGUGAAGAGGCAGAGGGUGAGGUUUAUUCCCCACGGCGAGAUUAUGGAAUUAGGGUGCUGCCGAGGGUAUCUCUGCAGCGGGAUUCUGGCGGAACUACUGCAGGACCAUCGCUUUUGGAAAAUGAAAUUAGUGAUGCCAGUGAAAUGAAGUCAAAAAUCCGCUAUUGUUAUCUAGGUGUGGCAGAGGAGAAAACCAUUCGUCAGUGUAUACUGCAACACUUUCAACCACCUGUCAAGAUGCUGGGCAUGGAGACAUGUACCAUCAACAGCUUCCUCUCUGAAAACUGCCGAGCAGGAGCCAUCUCCAGAUCUAUUUACAUCAAAUUUAUAGAAGUAGAAAAAGAGUUUCUCUCUUCAGGCUGCGUGCAAGAGUGUUUGGAAAAAGCCAUGGGGUAUUCUUUACGGUUCACAAAGUAAAUUCCAACCAUAGCCAACGUAUUCAAUUGUGAUGUGCAAAGAUUUCUGCCUGGUCACAUUUAGAACUGCAAUAAUGUCAGGGUUUUGAUUUUAAAGCUUCCCACAUUCACUGUACUUGAAGGGUUUCAAUACCAUUAUGGCUGAGGGAGAAGACAAGGAAGAAAUUGCUCCACUUUGGUCAAAACUGGAUGGAAUGGAAGUGCAAGAUAGGAGCUGAAAUGGUGGAGAUGGAGUUUGGAAUUAGUCUGCUCUGUGGAAUUAAAGUUCAACUCUGGAAGGUGAUCUCUUGAGCCUCAGUACCUCAAGGCUUUAAAGGUCUAAUGUCUUGGUUACAGUCCAGUUGAUGCACAGUGUGCUCUACAGGCCAACCAGUUUACAGUUUAUGACAAGAAUGCAGGCUGCGAGAGCACCUACAUGUUACAAUGAUGUGGUAGUAUAUUGGGAUGCAUGCUUCUGUGGUCCUAGCAUUGCCCAACGUUCAAACCAAUAGUCACUUUUGUGAUGAUUUCAUUGGGUUACAGGCCAUGCAACCAAUUGAGUUGAGUGACAGACAAGCAUUUCAGUUGGAUGUGAGGGUAAGGAAGGAGAAAGUGAAAGAUGGAAUUGAAAUGGGACUUGUCUGCGCAAGCAUGCCUUUUCUACUGAAAUUAGCAUUGAACUGAUGAGGAAGAAAUCUCUGGUUACUUUUCAAUUGUUUAGAAGCUGCUCUGGAGUAGCCUCAGUUGGCCAAAGUGUUAAUCUAAUCUUCCUCCUUUGAUAAAAUAUAACCUUGCUGUUAUCAGAAACACAAUCCAGAGAACCUCAUUUUGUAUGGAUCCUGACCCAGCUCCAAACUGCUCAGCUGCAAUUGUUCUGGCACUUAAACUGAUGUGCACAGUGCCUUGAAAAUAUCCUGGGUUUUAUUUGAGCACAUAAUGAACAUUUUGGCCAGGGUGGGGUAAAUGCAGUGGAAGCAGAUGGACAAAAAAUAAAUGUGUGAAGGUUUGGAGCUGUGGUAGUGAUGUGCGGUUGAACCCUUAAUGAGGAGAAUCCAAGUUCAGAUUACUCUGUUAUGAUCUCCUAGGUUUAUUGAUCAUGGUGUCUAAAGUAACCAGAUGAUUUGCAUUGACCCAAUGAGUUUCUCCAGCAGAUUGUUUGUUGACAAUUUCUACCUGGACUUUUUCUUAAAAAAAAAAUCAGUAGUGUACGCCACCUUGACAUGUACUGAUGUAAUUUACCAACUUUAAAAAUGAGUGCAAGCAGCACCCUUUGAAUGACAUUUAAGGCAAAGCUUCCAUAAAUAAUUUCUACCUUUUAAUGGUGGUUUAAAAUAAGCUCAAACUCAUACUUUUCUACAAUUUAUUAUUUCUAAUCACCUUACUUGUUCAAGUAAAUACUCUCCCUAUAAAAUCAGAAGUAAAAUGCUGUGUUAGCACCAGGCAGUUUCAGCCCAAGUGGUCUUCCACAAUUAGUUAAAUCAAACAAUUCACCUUUUUGACUGAGUUUGUGGAUGGGCAUACAAUAGUGUAAUCUGUCAGGGUUUUGUGCAUUUUGGAUAGAUUUCUACUACUCGUCAGUGCACACGUCAGAUGGCGGAAGUUGGGAUUUCAGUGUUGCAGUGUGCUAUGAAUUAAACUCGUGUGACAUUUGUGUGAAAUGGGGACACUUCCCAAAAUAGGUUUUGGUACAAAUUAACUGCUAAAGUUUUCCCUGUGCAAUGUGGGUCCAAUGAAACCUUUGUUUCCCAGUUAAUAUUCCAGACUUUUUGAAAUAAUAGCCAUUUCCACCUUUUUGUUGUUUUUUCACCCUUUAAGUUGUAGUGUCCACACCUGUUAAAUUAUUAGUGGAAAUUGAAUGACUUCAAACAUCCUUUGUGGUGAGCUUUUGAUAUCAUGAAGAUAUUUUAAAGACCCAAGAGACUAAAUGAGGGAAACUGCUGCUGUUGCAGUUCAGUCCUUUUAGGCCAGCUAUUUUAACUAGAGUGAACUAUGAAGCUAAAAUUACCUUGAAGCCUAAUACUAGUUUGUCAAAUAAAGUGUAAUCUUGCGUUGUUGAAUAUAUUCUCCCUAGCUUGAAGAUGUUGGGAAUCCAUAACUUCAUUGUAAGAUCCCCUAAGUCUAUUCAAUAGAUAAUGCUAGAGCAGCUUUUAAAAUUUCAGAUGCAUGUUGUUUGCGACUGAUAGCUCAUGGCAGACAAGAACCGAAGUGGAAAAUAUGCUAUUUUUCUAAAAAGUCCAGUGGAAAAAAAAUCUCCCUCAUUUCCUUUUUAGGCAUCUAGUGGUAAAGCAUUAUUUCUCAGUCAAAAAGGUGAAGUUUUUAAGUUGAAUGAGUAGAUAUCACUGAGAGUUGGUUAUUCUUCUAUAGAUUCCAAGACACAACCAAAUAGUUGAUAAACUUCCCAGGUUUGCUCUCCUGUCUGUGCCUUUACAAUAUGGGAGAUAGCAGGAGCAUAACUUUGAGCAUUGAAGUGAAUAAACUAUCAGGCUUCCUGUUUUUGUUUGCUGCUGAGAAUUACAUAUCUGUCCAUCACUCUUUGGUUGGCAGGGCGUCCCAUUGGAUCUGGUGCAAUAACUCAUUCAGGCAAGGCCAUGAUAUUUCCUCCUACCCUCUUGUGGUCUGCCACUUACUGUCUAGACCUGUACACUACCUGACCAAGAUAAUGAAAGUUGUCCUGACUUGAGUCACAUUUCAUGAACACAUGGUACCUUUGACAGUAGGCAGAAUAUAGCAAAAAACUUUAAGCAUCUUAAGCAAUUUAGUCUGAACAGUCGCAAUGGGAACAUUGACAUUUUGGCAGGGUGGGAUUUGUGUCUGUGAAUAAUUGUAAUUUGGAUUAUGGAAUGCAAAAUAGCAAGAGAUCAUUCAUAUUAUUUUCCCCACACUGAAAGGAGUCCAAAUUGUUAAUUUCAUUUCUUUCGUGUCUGUAGGCUAGUGCAACACCAAUGCAACAUGGAAUCUGUUCUUUUGUUUUAUUCUCAUUAAUCUGGCUUUAACUUCCUGAUGUGAUGCUUUUAGAAGCAGUGCCACAUUGUAGUCAAAAUGCAACUGUUUUAACGUCCAACGUGCCUUGUGGAAAAAGGAGCAUAAAAGGUGACUGAAGACAAUAAACCAAUCUGACCACUUCAUUUGUAAAUAGGUCCCUUGUUGAACAGAGCCCAAUGAACCAAAACAGUAUAAAGUAUCAAUUUCCUAUGCUUUGAUAAAAUUCUCCGUCAGUCCCAUUGAAAUUGACAAGCGAGGAAAUGCGUUCAUCGGAGUUAAUUUGCACCAUUUACCAUUAUCGUAAUAAACAUGGAGUGAUAGAAGUUUAACAAAGCUUCAUCAUAAUUUUUAUAUCUAAAAUUUAUUGAGAUACUUGGUAAACUCGAAGUCAUUGAGGUGAGUUGUAAGGGGAAGUUGGAGUUUUUACUGUGGCUCCACUACUAAUGGGGGCCAUGCUGGCAAGGUGUCAUAUGGGGGGUCAUAGAGUUUCUUGAGGAAACAUUUCCCCUAGUGUUUUCCACCACCAAAAAAAUGUAAAAGGUGUGCGAUGUAUUGACAUCACACAUUGGGGGGGGGGGGGGGUGCCUCAGAACCACUCAAUUUGAGCUACAAUGACCAAAAACUGUUGAUUGGAAGUUCCCCAACGGCAUAGGUAGUACUGCUUGAGGUGCUUUAUUUGAAGUACCUUCACAGUAAAAGAAAAAGAUAUGACACUUGAAGUUGCAAAAUCUAAUUUUCAUAAACAAUAAUAGUUGUGACUCAGCCCAACUUCACUGUUUUACUCUUUAUUUAUAAAUGUGGAAAUGUUGCAUUUUUGUUCUGUGUGUAGACGUGUCACAACAAUUACUUCUAAACUUUACAGUAAAUUUAAUUCAACUGCAAUCUAAAGGUAUUCCUAUAGUGCCACAAGGAAAAACUGUUUUGGUAUUAAUCAUAUUUUCAAACUGCUGCAUCAAAAUCAUGCAUUCAAAAGAAUUUGGAGUAAUGACUCCCCCCCCCCCCCCCCCCCCCCCCAUUUCUUCCAAAAACAUUCAUCCAAUCCAGCCCCUGAACUAAUUGUCAUUCACUCAGUGAAAUAUAGGUUGGGGAACUUGUUUUACAGAAACAUUAUAGGGCAACCUCCUCAUUGUGGACAUGUGGGCAUCAUUUAGGCAAUUAAAAGGGUAAAUCCUGCUCCCAGCAAAAGCAAAAUUGCAUUUUAAUACGAGAAAUAAAAAAUAAAAUUGAGGUUCACUUCUGAAACUCUUCUUGGCUUGUGGUUUUAGGCACUGAGACAAUGCAGAUUGCUAACUAUCUGUACCCUGACCUAUUAGUGAUAAGAACUUAGUGGAAUUAUUUCAAUACCUAAUAUGAAAUAACUUCACGGGUCUUGUGGACCACUCAGUUACUUGAUCUUUAAGCUUGUAUUGAUCAGUAUUUAAGCUUUGAAAUUAUGAAUGUCACUUAGUUUCCCCUAAACAUGAGUUUUCAUAUCUUCAAAGAAACUAUUAUGGGGAAUCCAAUUAUGAUAAGAAUUUUGUUAUCAAAUUGAAACUGACUGCAUAACCGCAAGCUGGACAGCUGAGAUCAAUGUUUGAACCCAGUUCUAGGAAACUAUGCAAAGUAGGACAUCCACAGCGCUCUUUUAAUUAGGAUUUGAUUCCCAAUUUGCUGAUCCUGAAUGAAAUGCACCUUAUGAUUAGUAGAUGUGCAUCUAAAUUAAAAUGAGCUAUCUUUCUUUCAGAAACAGCUUAAUGUAUAGAUUUGAUACAAUCUUGCUCGAAGCAGCAUGCCUCUCUUCUAGCUUCUCUCCUCGAGUCCUGAUCCCAACUGCUGGGUGUGGUUCUGCAGGUGGAAGUGGCCUUCCAGUAUCUUGCAUAAUUUUGGUUUGUGAACCUCAACGUCGAAUGUUGGCCGAUUUUAUAACUAGACAACAUGGCAAGUGUUGCCAAAGUUCACGCCUUCUAAUACCAUCCUUGCUUUCUUGUGGCAUCACUGGAUAGUGAUAAAGAACAUAUGUUCAUUUAGUUCCCCAUCCUCUAUCUCAAAGGGCAUUGAAACCAAUUACAGACUGCUUUUGCCCAGGAUAUUAGCUAAUGAAAUACAGCUCAGGAAUUUUGUGGUGUAUAAAGUUUAGCACUAUACCGGAUGGUGUCCUUACCCACAAGAUUAUUGGGGCAGCUUCCAGCUUUAUAUUAGACUUUCUAGAAGAUCCCUCCAGUUUCCUUCCCUUGGAAACCAUUAAAUGUUUAAUUCUGCUCUUUUCAUCAGCUAUUCUGUAAACUUUUUAAUUAGAUCUGUGAUCCUUCUGAUAAGAAAUACAUUGAGUGAUUAUGCAUCUGCAUCCUAAUCUCGAAGUGCUGGUGAGAAGUUUCAUGAAUCUACAAUUUGGGCAGUCUGGAAACAUUCCAAACCCACUAAGUGCUGGACUGUUCUGUGCGUAGUUUUGUACCAGCCAAUAAAGGCACGGAUGCUUAGACUCCCGGACCUGCAAUUACAGAGUGCAUCUUUCUAUUGGGUUGCCAGAGUGCACACUGUUUGGAAACUUGCCCAGGUGCAACAUUAAGGCUGCAUUGUCCAAGCAUUCAAGUAUAUCAGUUUUAAGCACUCCCUAAUUUACUUAGGACUACUGCAAUUCCCAUGUAAUUGAAGACCAAAUGAAACAGUCAGCAAAACAAAACCCAAAUCACUGGAGAAAAUACCCAGAGCAAGCCACUGUUCUGAGCAUUGACCAACCAGGUAGGCUGAACUGUAUCAUUCUUAGUAUAGACACUGUUGAUCAUAUAAAGAUGAAGAUAUAGCUAGAAGUAACUUUAAACAAAAAAAUUGUAUUUUUACAUUUUUGUGUUUUGAUUUUUUCCAAAGUUUUAUUUCAGAUUUUUUUUUGCUGUAAUUAAGCAGUGUAAAGCUUUGAUUUUAAACAGGGCAGCCAUUCCUCUUGUAUAGCUGACCAAUGAUGCACAUGAACAGUAUGACGGCCGGAUCAGGACAAGGUGUGAAGACAUUUCAUCAGCAGGCGGCUGAUCCUUGCACUAAUGUCCAAGUAACCACAUUUUGUGGUGGUAUUAAAACCUAACUUCAAAUUUGUGAAAGUAAAAGUAAUCACAGAAUGGCAAUGAAAACAUGAACAUGUUUUUUCCAUUUUUUUCUUAACUGAAAUAUUAUGUGGUAUUUAUCCCUGCUGUUAUUGAUUAUAUUGUAAUACUUUAUGAAAUGAUUUAUCCUUUAAGGAAAAAAUAUGGCAUCACUGCUGACUAGCAAAUGCUUGUGACUGAAAAAUAAGUAUGGAUUAGAAUGUUGGUUCCAAGUGAUCAAGACAAGAUCUUUUGAUUCACAAUAUCGAGGAAUAUAAUCCUCACUCACUGCCCCUACUAAGAACUUUAGGGAUUUUCCAUUAUUUUCAAUGGGAACUCCUAGUGGCUCUGGGCUGUUUUGGUGAGAUAUGUCUUGUAUUCUCUUGAUGCAGCAUUAAGCUAUAAAUUAUUAGAUAUUAAAGAUCA